CAACUGCUGGUAUUGAUUUUACGUCAAGUAUGACUUCCGGGGCCUUGCACGAAGAGCAGGCUUCCGCAAAGCAGCCUAUGCACGUUUGCGCACCCCGUAGGACUCCUUGGAAGCUUUAUCGAGAGGAUGUUUCACGCAUUACCCAGGCGAACUACUCCGGGUCUGGCACCGACAAAGAUCCCUACGUUGUAGACUGGCUUAACGGCGAUGAAGAGAAUCCGCAAACGUGGUCCUUCGCGUACAAGUGGGUCCACACCAUCCUCGCGUCCGCCUCUACCUUUGCCGUGGGCUUCUGCUCUUCAGCGUACGCCGGCGCCGCAGGCGACGUCAUGCUCAAGUUCGAUGUAAGACCGGAAGUCGCUACGCUGGGCGUCAGCUUAUUCGUCUUGGGUUUCGCUCUGGGUCCGCUCCUAUGGGGACCCCUCUCCGAACUGUUUGGUCGCCGCCCGCUCCUCAUCUACACGUAUUUCGCCCUAACUGCGUUCAACAUUGGAUCUGCCGUCGCCCCAAACAUGCCCGCGCUAAUCAUCUUGCGCUUCUUCGCUGGCGCGUUCGGUUCUUCCCCACUUACCAACGCCGGCGCUAUCAUCGCCGACAUGUUUGACGCUAAGACCCGCGGCCUCGCCUUGUGCCUCUUCGCCGCGGCACCUUACUUCGGUGUCAUCGGACCCAUUGUCGGCGGCUUUACCGGGCAGAGCGUCGGCUGGAGAUGGGUCAUGUGGGUUCUGGUGUUUCUCACCGGUGUGAUCCUGAUCCUCUGCACUCUCUUCACGCCGGAGACCUACGCACCGGUGCUGCUGCGCAAGCGUGCUGAAUCCCUCACCGCACACACGGGCCAGGUGUACCGCAGCAAGUACGACAGCAAGGCGGCUUCGUUGACCCAGAAGCUCAAGACCAACCUCACUCGCCCCUGGAUCCUUCUUAUCUACGAGCCAAUCGUGCUGCUGCUAUCGGUGUAUGUCGCUAUCAUCUACGGCGUUCUCUACACGCUCUUCACCGCCUUCCCCAUCGUGUUCCAUCACACCCGUGGUUGGAGCCCCGGCAUCAGCGGGCUGGCCUUUAUCGGCAUCGCGGUCGGUAUCCUCCUGGGCCUCGUCUACAUCCUGCUGGAUAAUGCGCGCUACGUGCGAGCAGCCCAUGCAGCCGGAGGGCAUGCUCCUGCUGAAGCUCGUCUGCCGCCUGCCAUUGUCGGCGGAGUUGCGAUCGUCCUGGGGCUGUUCUGGUUCGCCUUCACCAACUCGCCAUCCAAGCACUGGCUCAUCUGCAUCGCGGCUACAGUUCCCUUCGGCUUCGGCAUGAUUAACGUCUUCCUGCCGUGCGUUAACUACCUGGUAGACAGCUACCUCAUCUACGCAGCCAGCGUACUUGCAGCCAAUUCCGUCUUGCGUUCUCUCUUCGGCACGGUCUUCCCGCUCUUUUCCACAAAGAUGUACGAGAACAUUGGCAUCCACUGGGCCUCCGCCGUACCGGGUUUCAUGGCCUUGGCCUGCCUGCCGUUCCCGGUCCUGUUUUGGAAGUACGGCGCUGUGGUACGGAGCCGCUGCAAGUACAGCGCUGAGGCAUCGCGCAUUAUGCAGCAGCACAUGGCAGUGUCGGUGGUAGCGGAUUGUGCGAGGGGUGGGGAAGCGAAGGAGCAAGCGAAUGCCGCGUCAGCGCACGAUAAGGUAUAAAGCUGUGGUGCUAGCAUGCAGCGCCUCCGAUGCAGCAAUGAAUGACUUGAUGUAUAUAAGCUAUCUUGCGGGCCCCUUCUAGCUAUCUUAAAGACUUAAUGUUGAUUGUCGUCAUGUCAUGCUUGUUUGCAAUUUUGCACGUGUUGAACGUCAAAGAAGUUAUGCUUGUUGAUGUUGCCCGUGGAUUUUGGUGGGGAGGGGGAUUGCACCCUUUCAACGCAUGAUAGUGGCGUUGUGUAUGAAAUGCAGGUCUUCCGUGCAGAACUGUUCACGUUUGGUAUAUGCUACCUGUUUAGUCUAUGCUCAUUCCUAGGCGCAAUGCCAGUGCAAUCGGCCUUUUGGCGACGUUUCAUCAAGUGGUGUGCGCAGUACUGAUUUAGCAUGGGGUCGUACAACGGGGGAAGUGGCUGUCUGAAGUUAACUGGUAUUGAACCCAGGGCCGCUGUCGCUGUUGUCACACCGACGCAAAGGGCAUCUACAAGACGAUGGCAGAAGACGCUGCCUCUGGCGAGCAUGUUGAAUGACUAAGUGUGCGCGCGCGAAGCAGGCCGGCUUGUUGUUUAGCAGGUGUUGCCAAGUACCAGUAGAAUGCCACCGGUGAAAGUGUAGCUUCCUUUCUGAAUGAAUGACCGUUACAAUGGCUGCAUUGGUCCUCUCUGUCAUGCGUACGUGAUGGGUUCAUGCAUGAGAAGAUAGAAUUCGAGCCUAGAGGAUUGUCGAGUGAACAACAUUGUCGAAGCGGUGUUAUGAGGAUGGCUCGUGCCUUUAUUGCCGAGAACACUGUUCUUCCUUCUGUUCAAGAGAAUGCCUGCACCUUUAUUCUGAGUAAUGCCCUUUUAAUAAACCUACCCGUGGGGUGGGUGUUGGCGGCAAAGGAUGUGAUUGAGCACCAGGAUACGGGCUACGGAGUUCGAGACUUGGGUUGUCGUGUUGGGUGGCGAGUUGGAGCGUACCCCUGUUUGGGUUCUUCAUGUCUAGCAGCUUUUGAGUGUGGAAUUGGAGAGGAGGAGGAUGUACAGAAAGUGUAUUCGUGAAGGAAGAGGAAGGGUAACCGCUUGGCAAGAUAUUACCGUACUAGUCUUGCGGUUGUAGAACCCUAGGAAUGAUGCUGCCGAUGAGUUGCAGUUAAGUUGUAGCACAAAGCCUGAAAGGGUGUCAGUUGUCAGGCUGCCCUUCGUUGACCUAGAAACCCCUGUAAACAAUUGUGGACGG